AUGUCCAAGGGCACCAAGUACCUGCUGGUGUCACUACCGUCAUCGAUAACGCCCUCGAACCACCACGACGAAGCCCUCGAAGCCUUGCGCAGCACCAUUGGCGGUGAUAAUGGCCAAACGUACCCCUUCGCGAUACCCAACUUCAAGAUCGGCACAUUAGAUGCGCUGGUCCAGCAGGCGGAUGACCUGGCGAAGCUCGAGAAUGCGUGCGAGCAGGUCGUGGCCAAGGUGGGGGACAGCUUGAGGAGUAUCCUCGACGGGGACGAGGACCGUGUGCAGCAGCACAAGACCAUCAGCGACAAGCCUGUCGAUCAAUACCUACGCAGCUUCCAGUGGAACAAGAUCAAAUACCGGGCAGACAAGCCUAUCGCCGAGCUGAUAGACUCGCUGCAGAAGGAAAUUUCAGGCAUUGACAACGAUGUCAAGGCCAAAUUCUCCCAGUAUAACCAAACCAAGACCAACCUCGCGGCCGCAGAACGGAAAAGAACAGGCAACCUGUCCACCAAGUCCCUCACCACCGUGGUAAACCCCCGAAAUAUCAUCCAAGACUCAGAAUAUCUCGAUACUCACCUCAUCGCCGUCCCCAACAUGAACACCAAAGAAUUCUACAAAUCCUACGAAACCCUGUCUGAAAGGGUCGUACCCCGCUCCGCCGUUGAAGUCGCCAAGGACGACGAGUUCACCCUUUUUGCUGUUGUUACGUUCAAGAAGACCUCCGCCGACUUCGUACACAAGUGCAGGGAAAAGCGGUGGACGCCGCGUGAUUACAAGUACAAGGAGGGCGGCAAGGAAGAGGAGGCCAAGGAAGCGAGUCAGCUCGAACAAGACGCAAAGAAGCUGUGGGGUGAAGCGUUAAGGCUAGGGCGAACUGGCUACAGCGAAAGUGCUAUGAUUUGGGUGCAUGUGCUGGCUCUGCGUGUGUUCGUCGAGACGGUGCUACGAUACGGCCUACCUUUAGACUUUGUGUGUGGAUUAGUGCAGACAAAUGCAAAGGCUGCGAAGAAAGCAAAGACGAAUCUCGACGCGAGCUACUCGUACCUCGGCGGCAACGCUUUCAAUCGCGACAACAAGGGCCGGCCUAAGAAGGAUGACUCAGCUCUCGCCAACGAAAUGCAGGCGCAAGGUCACGGCGAUGCAGAAUACUCGCCUUAUGUGUACUAUGAGUUUGAGAUUGUAUAG